AUGAGCUUCAUACGACUGGCCGCUGUGCUUGCGGCCUGCUUGCCUGUCCGAGGGUUGAUAUCGAAUUCUGCUGGUGGUGGUGCUCAUAGACUGCAGCAAGGCAGCAGACAGGCGCGAACCCCACUCCGCGCUAUCGCUGGCGCAAGCGCGGAUCAAGUGAGAGAGGCUCUAAUCACCAGCGAAGCUUUCAAGGACCUGGUUGAGAGGCUUGAAGAAAGAUCACGCCAAGAGGCUGGUGCCACGGCAACAUCUACCCCUUCCGAUACUCGGCACGAGCAGCACGCGUUUACGUCGGCGCCAGAUCGAAAGGAUGCUGCUGAACACGGAGGAGGCAGCAACGAUCACGCGAUGCAGGCGAACCACGCGCGGAAGAGGAAGUCGGAGAAGCUUGCUGGUUUGAGGACGGCUGUACUCGAGAACCCGAAAGCACGCGAAAUGCGGGACGCGUUUAAAACGGACAAUGGGAAUGCCAUCAGCCGACCAAAUGGCUCUACACCCCCGACUCCGCCAUUAACCGCUCCUGCUAGUGCUUCCACUGGUGACGUCGCUGCUGCUAUAUCGACGCCCGCUUUUGACCCUGAGCAACAAGGCACGGUCGAGAAGCAGCUCCAGGCGGAAGAGCACAGCUCGACCGCUGCUGCUGUGAUGGCCGACGGGGAGGCACUGCUUCCAACGGAGCCGCAGGAGGUAGAGGAGGAGGGGAAGGGUAGGAAGCGGUUCCGAUGGAUUGGACGCGUAGCGUCGAGGGUAUCGAACGUGGGAAAGAGGGUGAGGUGGCGGGUAACGCGAAUCGGGGCGAAAGAUACAACACCGGGAGAAGAACACAGUUCCUGAAAACGCCUGACGAAAUCCGACUGAGUAUGGUGUGUAGAUGGGACUUUCGUGUAGCGUGUACAUGUACCUGUGUAGCAGGUAGGGCUGUUGUGUAUGGGACUGGCUUAGUAAAAGAUAUGCUAGCGGUAUAUUUUUUGUUUUUUAAGUGCGGGUUGUCUAUUGGCUUUGGACUGGCUCGCUGUGGGUGCCUUGUAUCCGUACACACGCGGCAUACAAUGGGACGCCUUGCUUUAUCUACGAUCCACAGAGCAAGCCACAGAGAUGUGUCGACGCCAGUCACCAUCAAAGCAAGUAUUUCUUGACAGAAUGCCCUCUCGUGCUGUAAGGCUUUGAACCCCACCUAGCUUUGCGAGCGUUAGACGACAGCUUUCUGGCAAUGCGCCACCUGCGACCAGUCUACGAACAUGUGAAGAUAGUUGUGACAUUUCUCUAAGAAUUUUCUCUUCAACUCGCGAAGGAUCCGAUGUUGUACGGCGGCAUAUGGAUGUAUUCCCGCUCCCCUAUAUUUUUCUAACAGUAUGUUCUAGAAGUUUACGUAGAGUCCGGGAGGAGGGAGAGGAAGGAGUACCCCACGGAGAUUCGCGUGGGCGAGUAUUAAUCCCGUGCAUAUUGUUUCCAUUAUGGCUUGCGUUGAAUGGUAUAUUCUGACCGAAAAAGGCAACUGCCAAGCAAGAUGAAGGCCUGAGCCAGCAGAAAAAAUGUGCGGAUUUUCACAAAUCUUACAAGUGCCCAGUUCUACACUGAAUGUCUGCAUGGGCUUCACCAACGAACGACCCGUUUUAUGUAUGGUUUGUUUCAGGGUCACCAGCUGUUCCGUAUUCUCGAAGCUUGUUUCGCAGGAUGGUGUAACAACAGUCACGGGAGCCGCUAAAUCGUACUCCAUAGAGAAUAUGCGUUCUUCGGUCGAAAUAGGUGGGCGCACUUGGGGAAUUCUGUCGGGACACCAACUAGACCGGGGGACUUGUCAAAGACAUGAUUUCCAUUCGGGUGAUCAAACUGUUCUGCUUUACGUUCUUAGGAGCAACAAAUUUUCGCCUCGAAUGCCGCCUGCAU